UACGAGGGCUCUACUCCUAAACUAUUUUCUGUUGAAUAAAAGCAUACAAAAGUACUGAGCCAAAGAAAUAACAAUGGAUUACGUUCAUUUCGAAUAUGCAGCUGUACUUGCUGAGAUUGAUAAGUCAGUUGACCAUAUGGAAACUGACGACUUAGCCAUUCAGUACGGUGAACUAGGUAGAAACACUCGUCGAGGCAGCAGUUACAGUACUAACGAUGUGGACAUGUCGGAAAUCACAUCGAACGUUGUUCGUCAGCUUAACGAUGAGUCUUUCAAUGCUGAUGAAGAGUUUAAUAAUGAAACCAGAAGCAAAUUAACGGUUGAGUUCCAAGAGAUCAAAAUCUCCACUAAGACAUACAAGAACUACGGGCCUGACCAGAUGAAGUGCUUCAUUUAUUUGAUUCAGGAGGAAGGAAUGCCCUAUUACAUGAAGCAAGAAUCAAAUUACUUGAGAGAUACCCCGAAAUUGAGAAGAUUGCUCUAUCCAGCUUAUAUACGCACAUUAGAGAAAAAUGCCGCCUCUCUCUGAAAAAAGCCAGCAAGUAUAUUGCGGAAAGGGAUGCCCCUAGGACAUUAGAGCUUCGCUCGAGCAUAAU